AUGGCCGCCAAUAAUGCAAAGCCAACCCCAGAAUUCACAUUCACCACAGACCCGGCGGUAUCGUCCUUCAUGGUCCCGUACCAGAAAUAUAUCGCCGACCAGGCCACACGCUCAGGGAUCCCAGAUUACCAAUACGUCGCCGUGGGGGCUCUUGUCUUUUGUCGCUUUCCCGCCUCGAUUUCCACUGUCAGCACCAACGCCAACUACACCGUCGACACAGUAGUCGACACCCACACCGCCGCCGCCGACCACCACAGCAACGGAACCCGGUCUCUCCGCGUCCUCCUCGUCCAGCGCGCCGCGCACGACUCGGCCCCCCUGCGCUGGGAAGCCCCCGGCGGGGCAUGCGACCCCGAGGACACGAGCAUUCUGCACGCUGUCGCGCGCGAACUGUGGGAAGAGGCCGGACUCGUGGCGAAGCGUAUCGGGCCCCUCAUCGCGCCGGGCCACGUCUUUGUCACGCGCGGCGGGAAGAGGGUGUGUAAGUUUGAGUUCUUGGUCGAUGUUGUCGGUGGCCGUGUCAACGACGUCGAAGACGACGACGGCCGGCGAAAGGACGGAGAUGGAAAAGGGAGUGGGAUUUCUCCUAGAAUACCACAGGUAAAGCUAGAUCCCAACGAGCAUGUCAAUUACGUGUGGGCUACAGAGGAAGAGUGUCGCGAGGGCAGGACGAUAGUGGGGGAAAUAGAAUUGGCGUUCACAACGCGGCAGCAAAAGGUCACUUUGCUCGAAGCGUUUAAGGUCCGACGCGAAUUGGAUGGAAUUAAAUGA